AUGGUCAAUGGAAACUACGUUCUAUAUGGCGAUAGACCAGCUUCAGAAUCUGAAAUUGUCGAUGACCACGUGCAUAGGAAAACCGUUGAGCGUAAAGCAAAACGCAAAUCUAAUAGAUCAGCCAACGAUCUACAGCGCUCGUUAAACUUAGCGCAGAAGUUAGAUAACGAAACAGACUCGGACAAAUUCGAAAAGAAAAUAAAGGAGCCAAGGCUACUUCGCUACGUACCAACUACGGAAGUGCAAGAACAUUUUGUAGCGGAGAAAUUUGAGACCUACGACUUGAAGCCUAUAGAAGAACCAAUGAAGAGAUAUACAUUUGCAAAAAAGCCAAAAAAUCACGCAGAUGGCUCAAUAAACUACGCUUACUCCCGGUCGAGUAGCAGUUGCAGUUCACCUAAUGGUAAUUUGCCGACUAUAUCUGAACACGGAGAGCAGUAUGGUACAUAUAGAGUUCGAUCUAUACAGACAUCUUCGAAUGAGGGAAUUGGUGAAUACCAAACAAAAUUUGACAAAUAUUUUACAUCACCGAGAGACGUCAAAUCAUUCACUGAUAAGGGCUCACAUCCCGACAGCCUGUACCGUGUGCCUUCAGACCGUGGAAGCAGUACCAGAAAAAUCGUCCACAUGCUGCGUUUACUUAGGUGGCCCGUAGCUCUAUUUGGAGUGUGCGUUGCUCUAGCCAUAUUCGUCUAUUUUCUUAUGCCUGAUAACCUGGGUCAAGAAUUCGAUAAGAUAAACGCAACUAAUUGGGAAGAGAAUUUCUCCAGUGCUCAAUCCUACUCAACUUCCUCUUCGACGUCUGGUCCACUUAGCAGGAAUAUAAGUAAAUCUGUUAACGGUACGAAAACUUCUGAGAUAGAUUUCAAUGAAGCUGAUAACAUCACAAAUAUCUCUUCUGUAAUCGCAGAAUCCAGCACCACAAGAAAAUUGCCAAUAACUCCCGUCUUCCCGACCCAUAUAGAACCCGAGGUACAAUAUGGAAAUGAUGACGACAGUAUGAGAAAACCAAAACUGCUUUUUAAUACAAAUACACCAGAUGAGUCCACAUUCAGGCCACAUAUAACGCAUCAUCCUGAAAAACCAUUGGCGAUUUACUUCAAAGAUGCUGAAGCUGUAUCCACAACAACCACUGAGAAAAUUACCACAGAAAUAAUAAGAAAAGCUGAAACCUCUAAUACGUUGCCAAAAUUGGAAGAGAAAACCACAAACACUCCUGUUUUCGCACCACAGCCUAAACCUCUGGUUCCUAUAAACGUUGAGUCGCCGGCAGAAAUACCGAAAACUUAUUAUGCAAGGUUACAGAAUACGUAUAAUUCAAACUCAAAAAUUACGCCUGACAUCCAGGAGUAUUACAGGCGGCCAGAAUAUGAAUCCAAAGUGAAGUUCACCUCAGGUCAUUCAAAACUUUUUGGUAUAUCUAUAGAGGAUUCAGAAAAAAUUAAGUCCACAACUCAAAGCUCGUUAUAUAACACUAGAGUUUCUCCUACACUUCCCACUUGGAAAGAUAGAGAUUAUAGCACUACUAAAAAUCCUAUUAACUCUCUAUCUGAUGUGCCCCAAUGCCGGUCCACGCGUCUUUCCAUAUGUCGAGGCAUCUUGCCCUACGACUUAGCAGGUCUUCCAGCUAGGAUUGGAAAGAAAGAAGUGACUUUACUGCUACCACAGAUUGAAUACCUGGUGGCCACUAACUGCAGCGACCGAGUGCGACACUUCGCCUGUUCACUAUUAGAACCAGAGUGCAGUCCACCUCCUUUUUCAUCAAAACUACCCUGUUAUAGUUUGUGCAAAGCUAUCGCAGACAGUUGCGAAGGCUACAUACCAACGGAGCUGUCGCCGAUCUUCAACUGUAACCAGUAUUCGAGUAGCAAUUGUGCCAACGCACGAAGCCCUUGCUUCGACAGGGAGCUGACUUGUGGUGAUGGCACCUGUGUGCCCCGGGAUUGGAUCUGUGACGGAACCCGGGACUGUCCCGGUGGAGAGGAUGAGGCGCCUUGUUCCACCUGCGAGGAGAAUGAAUUCCGGUGCCAGUCAGGUCUAUGUAUUGUGAAGCGUUGGGUCUGCGACGGAUAUUCCGACUGCCCUGAUGGCGAUGACGAAAUUGACGAAUCUUGUCGCUCUCAUACGAAUGGGGAAGUGCAAGAACCAGGGGAAGAGCUAGCCGGUUCUGCACCUGCUCCUUCCAUUCGCAAACCUUACAGACAACCGCAGUCACGUCAAAACAAUGGAGAGACAGACAGCAAGGAGCUGUUAAUGACAAGUGAUACGACGAACGCUUUGAAACGUAACUUUACAAGGCGUCCUUCGCCUUCUCGUCUCACACCCUAUUCGAGACCCAUGCUUAAAUCCCGCAAAGAACCUGAACAAACCACGAUUGAGAAUUUAACAGAAAAAUCCGCGGCGUCGUAUAGAAAAAACUUCAGGAAACAAACCCAAAGAGUACCUGAAAGUAAAAAAGAUGUAUCUGAAGAUAUGGAUCAAUUCUACGUUGACGUGAUAAAGGAAGAUGAACGAACGGCGGAAACGCCUCCGCCAGUUGCGACCAAAUUGGACAAGAGCAUAGACAACUUAGAGAGAGUCAUUGAUGGAGCUGGAUUAUUGAGGAAAGCGGCCCUUGCCCGUAAACAGGAUUUGUCCCGUGAAAUGAACGCUACAGAAGAAGACUUUGGUUACAACAGUGCCCACGCAUCGCCAUGUCCCAACGAGGAAUUACGUUGCGUUGACGGCCGAUGUAUCACUUUGGCCCAACUGUGUGACGGAACCAUAGACUGUAGCGAUCACGCCGAUGAGGACAAUUGCUAUACAUAA